AUGUGUUGUUUUCCUUUCAUUUUAGUCAGGUUCAUCUUCGUCAUCUUAUCAACUAUGGCUGAGACAAAUAUUGGAGAUCAACUUGGUGCGCAGCUCAUGAAAGCUGCACAAAUCAUGGAGGAUCACAUCGAUAAUGAAAUGAAUAGACUCGACAACAUGGACGAAGAUGAGCUGGAGAUAAUCAGAAGACGGCGCAUGGAAGAAAUGAAGAAGUUGCAAAAAGCAAAGACGGAGAUGCUUUCAAAUGGCCAUGGAAAAUAUGAGGAAGUGGCUGAUGAGAAAGAAUUCUUUGAGGCUACCAAAAAGAGCAAAAAUGUUAUAUGCUUGUUUUACCUCGAUGGUAAUAUGAGAUGUAAAAUUGUGGACAAACAUCUGAAGAUAUUGGCUCCCAAGCAUUUAGCGACGCGCUUUAUCCAUGUAAAUGCUGAAAAGGUACAUUUCCUCGUAACUCGUCUCAAUAUUCGUGUUAUACCUACAAUUGCAAUCAUAAAGGAUCAACAGACGAUAGAUUACAUACGUGGUUUUGAUGACCUAGGUGGUGUUGAUGAUUUCAAGACAGAGGUCCUAGAGAAGCGUUUGGCUCGAUCUGGUGUGAUUAAGGUCGAGAAACCAAAAGUGGAACAACCUAAGAAGAAGAUCAUUAGAACUCUUAGAAUCCCUCAUGAUCCGGUGAUGGCUAGUCGCCGAGGCACCAUCGACGAUACAUUAUCCAGUUGGAUAGUUAUCGGUGACGUAAAACUCAAAUUUGUGAAGAACUAUACAGAUCUGCCUUCUCUGAGGAUAAAAAAUGCCAUUCAUUUCGCUGCCUCCACAUAUUCCGGGCCGCUGGCCUUGGCCUUCUCAAAUUCUGCAACAUCAUGGUUCAUCGACAUACGGAUGAGUGGAGGAGAGUAUCUGAAACGGAAGCUAGAAGUGCCAGAUGUAUGUGCACUGGAGUGGACAAAGGGACAUCGUUUGGUCGUCAUGGAUCGCCGUGGAAACGCUUCUCUAUAUUCCUCGCUCGGCGAGCGGGUCUCUGAGUUUCAUUUUGGCAAUGGAAUUCGAGAAGUACGAGAGGUACGAGUAUUUCCCACCACUCAUGAUUCCGGUAUAGCUAUCAUUGACGAUCAGAUGCGUAUAUUUGUCGUAAAUUCAGUCAGCGAACCAGUUGUUUGGAGUAUGCACAGCUCAAUUAGGGAACAUCCCAGUGCUUGGACAGUUUUGCAACCACGAUCACAACUGACACAAGUAGUCGUUGCUUUGGGUACAACAUUUUAUACGGGAUGUCAAGGAGAACAACUAUGCCCUCUGGACACGCCAUUUUCCGAAUCAGAAGGGCAAUACGCGCGAAUAGUCGUCAGUUGGGAUCAUUCAAUGAUCGCUCUGUAUCACUCUUCUAGUUUGAUUCAGAUUGUGGCAGCCGACUUGUCAAAACAAAUCUCCCGGAUCCAAGUUCCUGGAGAGCAGUCAAUAUAUCGGUUCGGUUGGGUUGGUCUGGAAGCGCUGUUUCUUCAGAGAACUCCAUUAUCUGUUCAAUUUUUCAAUGUUUACGACGAGACUGCACACUAUGACCUACGCACGGAAUUUGUCCAGAUUGGAGUAGAGUCCGAUGGUGUUAAGCUCUAUUCGGAUACUGGGAUGGAAUUUGUCAGUCCAGUGUCAGGGGAUGAAAGAGCGGUGUUAGGUGUAGCAUCGGCAUCGGACGGGGCUUUGCUAUAUGAAGCAGCCCAAUGGCUCAACACCGACAAAAGCCAUCAAUCAUAUGAGUAUACUAUGCAGAUUCGUGACCUUUCGUUGGCCAUCGAUCAAUGUAUAUCCACAGCCACCUCCGCUUGGUCCCCAGAUAUGCAAAAAGCGCUGCUAAAGGCAGCGCAUUUUGGUGUAGCCUUUUCUACUGGGUUCGACUCAGCUCGUUUCGUUCGUGUGCUUCGUGAACUGCGAGUAUUGAAUGAAGUACGUCGUAAGCGUAUUGGAAUGCCCAUAACAUGUUCUCAGCUACAUGAAUUGGGUGAGUCUUGUCUCAUCAAUCGCCUAAUCGAUAUAGGUGCCUAUGGUACAGCGGUAGAAAUAUGUAAAUGGCUUCGCAGAGACGAACAAGAGGGUAUUGAUCGUGUCUUACUUGAAUGGGUUCGACGAACUAUUACGGAAGCGGCGUCGUUGCCAAACAAAUCGGAAUUGAACAUGGAAGCAUUAGAUGAGAAAAUUGCUAGGAAAUUGCUGGGUUAUCCGCAUGUCUCAUUAGCAGAUGCUGCGAAGCGCGCGAUUGAAGCAAAGCUUCCGAAGCUGGCUCGUUUGCUGAUUAAGCGCGAGAAGGAUGACUCUAAACAGGUCAACGUUCUACUCCAACUAGGAGACGUUCAAGAAGCACUGGCCAGAGCAGCUGCUGCACAGCGACCGCAGCUUAUGCAUCAGGUUGUCCGACAUCUCAUGAAGGAACAGAAGCGAGCGGAUUAUGAGCUUGCCAUUCGCAAGAUUCCACUGGCACAGUGCUUAUACCAGGAUCUGGUACGAGAGGAGAGUGACCGGGGUUCUGGUAAGAUGAUGCUUGCGUUGCUGGAACAAGCAAGUGACUUUGAGCGACAAAUUAUGUUCCAUCUGGAUGCUGCGGAGAGUGAGAUGAACCCAAACGAACGCUUAAAUUGCUUAAGAAGAGCCAAGGAAGCUGCCAAAAACCUGGGGGACAAAGGGAUAGAAGAACUACUGAGCGAUAUGGCUGCAUUUGUGCCGGGACAAUUGGAGAGAGGAGAGGAUCGUAUGACUAUUCGCGACACUGUUAUCGAACAUGCAGCAGACUCUCAGAAGGUCGCUCAAUUAAAGCAUCAGGCUAAACUGACUGAUAAACAAGUCUGGUUGUGGACAAUCGAGGGGCUAGCGAAGAAAGGUAAGAUGGAGCAACUCUUUGACAUGGCGCAGAAGAAGUCACCAGUUGGUUACGUGCCUUUUCUCAAAGCGUGUAUGAAGUACAAUCGUCAAGACGAAUGUAAGAAGUAUUUUGCAAAAGUCCACGGCUAUCAGGAGCUGGUUGCUGCCUAUUUGGCUAUGGGGAAUUUCGUCGGAGCUGCGAAAAUGGCAUUCGAUCGACGCGAUCAUGACACGCUACAACACAUUUUAAUGAAAUCGCAUGGAAAUAAAGACGCCCAUGUUAAAGUGGCGCAACUGAUCAAAUCACUUUAG